UCAUAACGACCAACUUGUUGUCAUCAUGGCUGCCGUGUAUCACGAUCGAUUUCGUGUUUCUUUAUCAUGUUUAUAUUCGUAAUAUUUAAUUCGUGAAGGUUCUUUUUAACUUAAAUUUCUGUGAGAUCUGAAAAAGAAUUUUUUAUUGGUUUAUUCAGCUAAAACAAUUAAUAGAUUGUUCCCACUGACUGAGAGUCUUCUAUUAUUUAUAUUCUGGUUUCCAACAACAAGAACCAACGAUCCCACAUCAAGUGCAUACACGUCAAGUCGCUCAUUACUACCGGGCAAAAUCAGCUGUUUUUAAUAACAGCUUUUAACUUAUCCAAAUGGGAAACUGUUUGUGUAAACGAAAACAUGAACCAAAGAGGACUUUAACACUGGGACUGUUUGGUGUGGACAAUGCAGGAAAAACAACCACCGUGAAAGUUUUAGCAGGAGAACCCCACACCGACACCACACCUACCGUGGGCUUCAACAAUGCUGACAUUGGAAUUCAUCAUUAUGACAUCAAGUUUUAUGACUUGGGUGGUGGUAAAAAGAUCCGGGACAUUUGGCAGACAUACUUCCCAGAAAUUUAUGGAAUUGUGUAUGUGGUUGAUUCCACGGCAGCGGACAGAAUGGAAGAAGUGAAACACAAUCUGAAGAUUUUACUGGAAAAUGAGAAAGUCCAGGGAAAACCAGUGUUACUUUUGGCCAAUAAGCAGGACCAGGAGUCAGCCCUAGAUGAGGUAGACAUCAUGGAGCAGCUCAGUCUGGAGAACCUUGUCAACAUCAACAAGUGUCCGUGUAGAAUUGAAACAUGUUCCGCCAUUAAAGGGACUGGGAAAAAGAUGGAUGCAAGUAUAAAGAAUGGAAUUAAAUGGCUGUGUGGGAUGAUUGACCACAACUGGGAGAAGUACCACACACGGGUAGAAAGGGACAUGGAGGAGGAUCGAAAAAAGAGAGAGGCGGAGCUGGAGGCUAGGAGGGAGAGGGUCAGGAAAUUACGGGAAGAGAGGGAAAGAAAAGAACGAGAAGAGAAUGAGCGUUUAGGCAUCAAACCGCCCCAAGAGGAUGAGGAUGAAGGUGUUGAAGAAAUGGACGGGGGACCGUUUAGACGACUUGAUGUUCAGGCUUUGGAGAAAAAGGAAAGAAAACUAAAAGAAGAAAAUAGAAGAAAGAAAGAAAAACAGAAGAAAUAUGAUGAAGCUAAUGAAGACGAUGAAGAAGGCUCUGAUGAAGAUAUUCCUCGCUCAGCUCGCCGCCUCAACUACAGCAAUUCUCUAUUAUACGCAAACUCCAUAAACAACAACAACAACAGAAAUGAUGAUGAUGACAAUGAAGGUUUUCUACCUCCAGUACAAAAGAGGGACACACCUAGAUUACCUCCCUUACAGAGACCCAUAGGAACCAAAUUCACUGAAGAAUCACCAGUGAGGAAACUCAAAAAGAAAAAGAAGAAACCCAAACUUAAGGCCUUGAAGGAAAAUGUAGAGGAAAAUUCUGAGGAGGUUGUCAAUCAGAAUUAUUCUAGUUUUAGGACUACUUCUAAUGAAGUUAUGGAUGAUCAGAGGGAAGGGGAGAUAAACACCUGGUACAAGGAAUCUGUGAACUCUUUAUCAAAAAUUGAAGUAAACGCAAUGUCUUCUUUACAUCGGGCCCAGAAUGGGAUUACCAAUGAUGGAUACAGUAAAGAAACUGUGGAUGAUGAAGUGGAAUUGACGACCCGUAAAAAGAAGAAGAAAGGAAGUAAGAAGAAAUAUAGGUCUGAAGAUGAAGUCAAUGGAUAUGGGCAUGACUUGACCACUCCUCGUACGCUGGCCGGAGAGGAGGAAACUGAUGAUGAUGUCACGCCAAGGAGGGAGAGGCUAAAAAGAGCAAAUGCCAUGGAAGGUGAUGACAAAGAAAUAAAAACCAACCGCAAGAAGAAAAGCUACCUCAGAAACAACAAAACCUAUCCCUCAGACGACGAAUCCCUCUCGGGGGAAGAGGGGAGGGACAGGGAUUUCUCUUGGACCAUGAACCCCAUGGGGAAACCUUUCUUUCCGCGGGGAGCUAAAAUGACCACCUCUCACACCAACUGGGAUAAAAAGAAAAAUACCCCCCGAGACAUUGAUUUUUCGAUUUCGUCUACUCGUAACUGGGGACUGGCGGAAGAUCUCCCAGAAAUCGACAAUUCCACGGUAUCUUCCAGAAGGCUGAGGUCAAAUGUGGAAGAUGAUGAAGACAUUGUCUACUAAACCUCAACAAGGAAGACCUUCAAGUCCAUAUGUGCAACCCCUCUUUUUUCAGGAUGAAUUUGUUUAUUGAUUAAUGUGUAAUAUAUUAACAUGUAUAUUAUAUGAAAAGUAAUCCUUUGCCAGCAGAAUAUUUUGAUGGCCUGGACUUUGGGUUUCUCAACAAAGUUUUAAGUGAGGCAGUUUUUGUCUAGAACCUUGUUUUUUUUUCUGUUUUGGAAAAAAACGAAUCAUCAGGGUUGGUCUAGAAUUCUCAGUUUAUAACUGAAUUUUCCAGCUUUCGUGAAUGUUUCUAGAAUCUUCAUUGAUUUCUGUGUUCUUAUGGUUUAGACAUAGUUAUACAUAGGUAUUGUUAGAGGCUAAGUUAGCCUUGUUAGUGGCUUGGUAAAAUAACUUGUAAUCUUUUUUUCAAGAAGACACGUUUGUUAUCUUUAACUUUUACUUUAAAAGAAGAGAUGUGGCAUGAAUUGAGAUUAUUUAAAUGUCAGUAUAUAUCUUAGAAAUAUGAUCUUUUAUUUAUGUUUUAUACAAUGUGUCCUUGAUCACUAGAACAAUUCGUCAACUUAGAUCCAAACUUUUGUUUCACAUGAAGAAUGUAUGUGCCUCAACUAUACAGAAAAAUGGUUUUGUGCCAAAUAUUGUAACUUAAGACUAAUAUGUACACAUGAUAGAUAUUUUUUUUAUUUUAACUUAUUAUUUUCUGUGUUGAUUAUGGUGAAAAAUAUUUUAUUAUUUUAUGAAAUAUUACUAAAUCAGUGAAAAAUGCACCAUACUAGUAUUGUGUAAACAUUUUUAUUUUAGCAGCUAUGAUAUUUUAAUAU